AAUUUCCUUUUGCAGGCAGUGAUGGAGAUCUAUACCAUGUACCGAUCUCACCUUUCAGCAAAGAAUACCUUGGUCCUCUUUGAAGCAAUGCGUGGUGUGGCAUCCCAUGCUCACAGGAUCAACAGCAAUUCUAAAUUGCGUUCAAGGCUUCAAGAGUUUAGUUCCAUAACCCAAAUGCAGGAUCCUCCCCUAUUACGCCUUGAAAAUGAGUCCUAUCAAUUUAGCCUCGCAUUCCUGCAGAAUCUUAUAGUAGACAAGCCUCCAAGUUAUGAGGAGGCUGGAGUCGAGUCCCAUCUGGUUGAUCUCUGCCAGGAGGUAUUACAGUUUUAUUUAGAGACUGCACAUUCUGGCCAGGAUUCUGAAUCAUCUACCAAUGGGCAAUUGCAUUGGUGGAUACCAUUAGGCUCUGGGAAGCGGAGGGAGUUGGCUGCACGUGGACCUCUUGUUGUGGCAACUCUCCAGGCUAUUUGUAGCUUGGAAGAGGCCUCAUUCGAGAACAACUUAGCUCAGUUCUUCCCCCUUAUUUCAAGGUUGAUAAGUUGUGAACAUGGGUCAAGCGAGGUCCAAGUAGCUCUUAGUGAUAUGCUCAGUACAUCGGUAGGUCCUGUUUUGUUUCGAUCAUGUUGAUCUCAGUAAAAUAAGACUGCAUUUUGGUGUAUCAUAUAUUUUGUUUGAUCCACAUUCACCCCAUAGUUUCCAUUGUUACUCUUAGUCCAUAAUAAUUACAGGAAAUAUAGUUUCAUGGUAUAUGAACGGUUAAGAGUUGGUUUUGAUUGGUCAAAUUCUGAACCUUCCUCUGUUUAUUAAGGACAGAAUAGCUUCUCUUUUCAGAAUUUGUAGAUUCCUUAUAGAGGUUUUCUUGUUGUAUGGUAGGUGGUCAAAUACUUUUUUGAAU